CUGUUAAAAAUUUCCAAAAAGGAAAUUUUAAAGGAGUUUACCACACUUCUUGAUGAACUCCUCGAUGAGUUACCGACAACUGCUCAAAGUGAACCGUUGGAUUCGUCAACGACUACACAGAUUACCGCAACAAUUCGGUCGUUUCCAUACGAAGAAACGACAGUCGCUUAUGCCACCACCACCACCAUGGCCACCUCCGUCGAAACCUCCGUCGCCGCUACCGCUGCCACGACCACUGCCACGACCACUGCCACAACCACUGUCAGUACGACUGCGAAGCUCACCACCAUUACAACAGCUCGUUCAACAAAUACUAUUGGAUCACCGAACACCACACAACCAGCAGACGAGCCGAAUAUUGAGGACGAAUACGACGAUUAUGCAGAUGUCACUGUCGAUGCGGUGCAAAAUGAACGCGAAAACUCUCCCAUUAAUGAAAUUUUUUCAACUACGACUGAACCUCCGAAAACUUCGCCAAGAAGUCGUUUGUUCUCGGAUGACAGCUGGGAGCAGACACCACCGAAUUUUCGUUAUUCAUCACUAAGAGUAUUGCCAAAUGGAGGAAUUACACCUUUGAAUAUCGAUACGACUACGCUGUUCGGUUUUGACGAUAACGAUGAGGGUGAAGCCAGCGACGUCAGCGAUGAUGAUGAAAACACGGAUGAUAAAGCUGGUGAUGCCGACAGCUAUGAAGACAGCGAGGGGAACAAGGAUAAAAGCCAGGCUUCAACGGAACUGAAAACGACCCAACCAAUAGAAUUGUUAGAAAUCAAACUCGAUUCCAACCAUGAUGACGCUGUCCAGCAGGAAGACGAUACACCAACAAAACAUCAGCCUGAGGAAACCCGAGAGUUUGGAGUUCAGUCCAUCGUUUCGAUAGCUGAACACAAUGUGACGGCAACGCUAAUUGAAACUGUUAUGGAAUCGGACAACAAAAAUGGUAACGUGCUUGAAAGACCUACAACAAAAACUCAAAUUUUCGACAAAAGGUUGAAUUUAUUGCGACCUUCUUCGACCUCACCACCAGUUCUUCCUGUUCACUUCACUGAUGGUCUGAAGACGAAGGAGCGAGUGUGGAAGGAAUUCAACCGAAAUUCUGAAGAAGGUACCCACAGUAGUGAAAGACUCAUAGAAAGGGACGAAGAGGAAGUUGAAGAAAAACUUCUUCGCACGUUGGAUACGGAUGCUCCUGCGAUUGUGGAUAACAGUUCUGAACUUCCAGAAGUGAACAGUAACUGGCUUGAUGACGAAGCAUUGAUGAUGGUAAACCUCAGAUGUGGAGCUGAAAGUUCACUUGAUUAUGUGAAUGAUCGAAGUCUGCUUGGUUAG